CUUCACGAAAAGUCUUUGCAACUCUUUGAGUUUGAAGCCAAACUUACGGCUGCUGAGGCGGCUAGGGAUCAGGCUAUUGCAGAUCUUUCCACACAUGCAAACCUACGUCAGGCGACAGUUCUUACUAAGGUUCCGAUUGUGAGUGCGCCCAACACGACUUGCCACCCUCAGAGCUCAUUCGGCGUCCCAUUACUGGGACUGUUGGUCGAUCCGUCCUGUAGCACACCUCCCGAGUUGGCAAGCCGACAUGCCUUGCCCCCAGAGCCGACUGUCCGAGGCCAGGGCCAGCCAACUUCACUCGCGCGCCUUGUUCGGCCCCGGAGCUGGCGGCCAUUUUGGGGGCACCGCCAUUUUAGCAUUUUCUCCACCUGCCCUUUUUCGUCUGGAGCCAAACGGCCCGGCCUUUUCAUAGUCUGA